AUGACAACCUUGGAACAGGCCAAGCUUUCAAACAACCAACUGAAGUCUGAUGUAUCUGCAAUCAAAUUGCCAGAUGGACUUUCAUCAAUUGACCUCCAUUCAAACCAACUCUACGGUUCUCUAUCAAGUAUUCUAAGCAACAAGACAAGCAAGUUUCUGGAGGUAGUUGAUAUUUCAAACAAUCAAAUUUCAAGUACCAUUCCUGAAUUCAGCAAUAGUUUGAACCUGAAAGUGCUCAACAUAGCAAGCAACAAACUUACAGGAGGCACAAUCCCAACCAGUUUAGGAUUGUUGCUCAAGUUGCAGUGGUUGGAUUUGUCCAUCAACACACUUUCCAGGAAAAUCCUUGACAGCUUGCUACAGAUUGAAGCGCUGAGACACACAAGCUUCAGGGCCAACAGAUUAUGCGGCCCUUGCCACCUUCUAAGGGAAAGAAGUGAUAGGAAAGGAUGGGCCAGCACAAUGCUGACUCGAUCAAUGAGGAUGAUACAAUUGCUCAAGCCAAGUUAG